AUGGAAGAAGCACAGGAAGAAUGCCGACGUCUUGAUCGUGCGAUCUUAGAGGCCCAGAAGAAUUUGGCGGCACCGCCUACGUCACUUCAAGCGACGCAGGACGUGAAUGUUCUGCGUCAGCAGCUUACCCAAUGCGUAGAGCAGCAUCGCAUACUGCUACAGGAACUAGAACAGGAACUUCGAGUGGCCAAGAGCACGGCUGAAGAUCAGCAAACCUUGUGCCAGGAACUGCAUGAAAUAGAGCAGGCAUGGCAGGCACAGCCAGAGAUCCCUACGUCGUCCCACUCGGAGAAGGCGCUGCUAAAAGUUCUUGUGUCUCUCACAGAGCAUGCCUUCGCGGAUCCCGAGCUAUGUGUACAGCUGCGGCUGUUGCUCGAGUGGCUUUUAAAUGCGCUAUGGGAGCAGCCCGACGAUCCCUAUGUACGGACCAAAGGUCUGGAUCCUAGCGUCCUGGCCUUUGUACAGCAGGCGCAACUUAUUGAGCACCAUCCUUCACAGGCAGGGCUGGUUCGCCUGGUGGCCUUUCACGAACCGAUGCCGGACCCGCAAACGCUGCGGCCCACGUUGUAUAAAUAG